UUUUUUUCCUGAUCAGGUGGUCACAAUAUAGGAACAGCCAUGUUUGGGGCACGCAUACCAGGCAGUUAAAGACUUUGUAAUUUCUUUUUAACAAGAGAUUGAACAACUAUGGAUCCUCAUUCUAGUGCCCAGGAUGUACACCGAUGUGACCUUUGUGAGACUGCCAUAGUACACAGCUACUGUGACGUUUGUCAUGUCAACCUCUGCAAGCCCUGCAUUGGAGAUCACAUCUCAGAUGGAUAUGACAAACAUAAAAUAGUUCCUUUUAAGGAACGAAGAUCAACCCUCAUCUAUCCUAAAUGUGGAACACACCCACACAAAAAUUGUGAAUUUCAGUGCAAGGAUUGCAACAACAUUUUUGUAUGUUCUUCCUGCAUGGCAUCUAAACAACAUGGAAGACAUAAAUUUGUAGAAGUUGCAGAAAUUUUCAAGACAAAGAAAGAUGAUAUUAAAAAAGAUGCAAAAGAGUUAGAAAAUCAUAUUUUCCCUACGUAUGAAGAAAUUGAACGUGACUUGGAAAAUCAGCUUGCCAACCUAGAUGGAGGAUAUGAGAAAAUUACAACAACAAUGUCCAAACAAGGAGAGCAAUGGCACAGAGAAAUCGACAUUGUCAUCCACAAAAUGAAAACCGAAAUAGGCGAGAUAAAAGUGAAACAUAAAGACAUUCUUCAGAAACAUUUGGAUGAAAUCAAACAGAUACAGUCCCUAAUAAAACAAACUUUACAAGCCAUUAGGAAAAUUGAGAAAUCCACAGAAGUAUCUUCAACCAUUGAAUACAGCUCUAAGACUAGAGAGUUCAGCAAGCUUCCACCCAAGGUUCAGGUAUCACUGCCAACAUUCAUUCCAAAACCAAUAGACCAUGAGAAGCUGUAUAGUUUGUUUGGACAGAUUUCCCCGUUAUCUACCGCUACAGAAGAAAAUGUCUUGUCACUUAACCAACCUACCACUUCAGUUAGAGAACUACUGAAUGAACCCGAGCUUGUUACCACAAUACACACUGGGCAUAAAAAACUACGUAAUGUAACAUAUCUGAAUGGAGACAAGAUGUGGACGAGUGGACAGACCAAUGAUAUCAAAUGCUUCGACAUUAAAGGUUCACUCCUCCAGACAAUCCAGAAACAAUCAGGUACAUGCCCUAAUGAUAUAGCUGUAGACAGUGAUGGUGAUCUACUGUAUGCUAAUGGGGCAAUAAGGACAGUAAAUAAAGUAAAGAAUGGACAGAUAGAAGAGUUGAUCAGAUUACAGGGAUGGAAGCCUAGUCAGCUGUGUGUCACCUCUACUGGUGAUCUCCUGGUUACUAUGUUCAGUGAUGAUGAAACUCAAUCCAAAGUUGUCCGUUACUCGGGAUCCACUGAGAAACAAACAAUUCAAUUUGAUGAUGAAGGUAAACCUCUGUACUCAGGGAAUUUUAAUAGUAAAUACAUCACAGAGAACAGAAACCAUGACAUCUGUGUAGCUGACAGUAAGGCUGGUACAGUAGUGGUGGUUAAUCAGGACGGCAAACUCAGAUGGAGAUACACCGGUCAUCCCUCAGUUACCAAGAACAAACCAUUUAAACCCUAUGGUAUCACAACAGACAGCCAGAGUCGUAUCCUGACAGCAGACAGUGACAACCAUUGUAUCCACAUUCUGGAUCAGAAUGGACAGUUUCUCCGUUACAUUGAUAACUGUGAUCUGAAGGAUCCUCUUGGUUUAUGUGUGGACAAUAAUGACAAUCUGUUUGUGUGCGAGUAUUUCAAAGGCAAUGCAAAGAAAAUCAAAUAUCUACAGUAGAUAUCAUCAAUUGUAAAAAUGUGAUGCAAAUCAAACAAAAGUGGCCUUUUUCUGUGUCUAUUGAAUUUUGAAUUUACAUCCUUUGAACACCGAUGUAUUUAUAAAUAUCGAGUCAAUACUAGGCAAAAUGUGAAUCAAGGGUACUAUUAGGACAGAGUAUAUAAAAAAUGAAACAAUUUCUUGAUAAACUAUAUGAAACCAUGGGAAAAGUAAUUCCAAUACCUAUUAAUACAUGUUUUCAAUUUGUGAUGUGGGACACCUUCACAUAGUGACGUAUUUCCGAUAAAUAAUUUUAAAAAUGUUUUCUUUCCCAUUGCUGUUACCAAACAGCGUGGCGCAAUGGGUUAGUGCAUUAGCAAUGAAUCUAUAAGUCAUGAGUUUGAAUCCCGCCAUGGCUUUUAUCUUAUUUACCUUUCGAAAAAAUUUUACCACAUAUUUUUAGUCGAAUAUUUUCUUAAGUAUUUUGGCUGGGUUUUUUUCUUCAACGAAAGGUAAUAAUUUUGCGUAGACCAUUUGUAUAGAAGAAUUAAUUAUUAAAGAAAUUUAUAUCUUCAAUAGGCAUAUCUAUUAUGCAAUUUACUUUAACAAAUAUUUUAUUAAACAAAUAAGUACAUAAUAGUAUUGGACAUCAGACUAUGCUUAUUUUAGUCCUCUAUUAUGCAAUCUGGUUUUUAAGUCUCGAGUUUGAAUGGGAAAAUAGUCUUUUAAAUAUGUUUCUAAGAUUAAUAUGAUUUUGAAGUUUGUAGAUGAACAUCUCCCUAAAUUAAUUAUUUCCGAUUCAAAUAACAAUAACGCGUUACCGGGUUAUGUAAAUUUUUACUUUAAUGAUCGCUAAAUUCAUAAACCUCAUGAAUCAUGAAAGACAGCUUUUUAUUAUUUAUAAUUACAUCUUUCUUUUCACAAGUUAAUAAGUCUGAAAUCGUCAUGAAUAUUUCGCGCAGUCUGUGAUUUUUCUUAUGUCCUGUAGGUUUUGACCAAUCGAUAAACGGGGCGUGUAGAUUUCAGUCCAGUCAGUUUCUUGUCAGUUUCAGUCGCUGUAGGUAUUGACCAAUCAAUAAACAGGGCGUGUAGAUUUCAGUCUGGCUGUUUGUAUAGAGCUACAGUGUAUGAAUUAACUAAUAGUUAUCGUAAGAAAUAGAGGGAAUCAUACUUGGUAGAUGUAAAUAUUGGGAUGGACGUCCAUCAUGCAUGUAAUCUCAAUAUAAAGAUGCCCCAUGAUAGAUGUUUUUUAUCUCUUUCUCUGAUAUUGGUAACACUUUUACAUACAUUUCGUUUACAUUAUACAAACAUCAACCACAGUCAUAGUUUAAUAAACGUGUGCAAAUAUUA